UUGACCACCGUGGGGAAGUACGCCAUUUUGGCUCAAACAAAGUCAGCUAUAUUUUAUCCCCGUUAAGAUGAUAUAAGUUGUUUUCGUGGGGUUUUUUUCUGUUAAAAAUCUACAGGGCAUGACUUUGCUUUCCACAAGUUAACGUUUGAUGCAAGUGUAACAUUUUCUCGUUUUUAGAGCGUGCACGCAGUUAGUAAUGAUUAAAAGUCACAGCUGAGCUGUACUGUAAGCCAAGCUAACUUAACAUUUAGCUGUGCUGUUGCUGUUUGUUGUGACUGUGUGUGCAAUGGGUGGCUGCUCCGCUCCAAACUGCUCCAAUUCAACCAGCAUAGGCAAGCAGCUGUUUCGGUUCCCCAAAGACCCUGUGCGGAAGAAGAAAUGGGUGGUGAACUGUCGACGGGACUUUGAACCAACUCCUCACUCUAGACUCUGUCAAGACCAUUUUGAGCAGAGCCAGUUUGAGGAAAUAGCCAGGUCUCCAGCUGGGGGGAAGAAGCUGAAACCUAAUGCUAUCCCCACUCUGUUCAAUGUUGGAGAACCUCCCUACCCCGCAUUCACGGUUCCCUACAUCCUGCACCCUUUGAAACCUGAGCCAGUGGAGAAGGAGCUGAAUUUCGGGGAUCAUGGCUAUGCCAGACGCACCCCUUUGCCUGGCUUAGAGGAGGAAGAUGCGGACAGAACAUCUGAAGAUCAGCAGCCCUGCACACAUUGCCAGCUGCUUAGGAAACAGCUGGAGCAGGAGAUGCAACACACUGCAAGGCUACAGAAAGAGGCUGAAGAGAUGAAGAAGCGUCUUUAUCGACUUGACCGGCUUGAAAAGGGUCUUCAGAAUUUUCUGUAUGAGGACCAGAUCCGAGCCCUGUCACUCACCAAACGCUCCCGACGUGCUGUCUGGUCUCCGGAGACAAUCCUGAAAGCCCGGAAUAUCCGCUGUGCAGUUGGCACCAAGGGGUACGAGUACCUGAGAGAGAUUGGUUACCCGUUACCCUCCUAUAGGACUCUGUGUAACCGUUUGGAGACUAAGAUCAUGGUGACGACUGAUAUGAGCUGCGAGGAGCUGGCAGAGCUAGGCCUGGGGCUCAUGGCCACCUGCGACAGUCCCCCUGAAGUUGGAGAUAAUGAUGAGGAAGAACUGAUAGGUGUUUUGUCUUCUUAGCAGUUUGUGUGAAUUGCUAAAGACUAAAGCUGAAUUAUUGUGCUUUGUAUCUCCUCCUUGAAUGACUUGACGUGAAUUUGCUUUUGUUAUGUCAACUGGUUGCACUUGCAAAUGCUUAUAUGCAUGUGAUCAGCUGAUAAGAGAUGCUCAGGCUAGCCUACAGUUUUACUUGUAGUAUUUUCUCCCCACCCUGCAGUUAUCCCAUCUAGAAUCAGAUACUGAUUUUUUUUUUCAGGUCCCUGAUGCCAAAGAGGUAUUGAUAAAAAUAUAAGCUUUGGUGUUGGUGCGUGGCAUUAAGAGAAUCUAUUUGAAACAGCUUAAAUCUCAGCUUCCUUUAGCUUGACUAAAAUGCAGAAUAGGUGCUCGGCAAAAUCCAACUACCAUCAUGAGACCAGAGGUGGUAGGGGAAACAGUGAAGCUUAUUACAAGUGAAACAAGACUUUCCACCAGAAGACUGCAUUUCCUGCUUUGGAGCUAGAUGUUUACUAAUGAGUUCAACAUAUGGGAAGAUUGGGUUAAAAUCAAGUGAGCCCUUAACAAUGAUAAGCAUACACAUUGAGACGUGGGGCUAAGAGUAUAGUGUGCAUUAAAAUCUGAUAUGUCAUGAGUUGUUAAACAAUUCUCGAUAUAAAAGCAACUGAGAGCAACGAGCACCAAAAGCAACGGACACUGAUACGGCAGAAAAGCAGGAAACCUCUGAAAAUGCUGACCCACUGUGGGCUUGAACAUGUGCAGAGCAUGUGUACCAUGUAGCUUGUUACUGAUUGUAGUUGAGAAUUGUUUAGAGGAGUCAUUUGCGCAAACCCUGACAAGUUUGAUGCUUGUGUUUUUAAAGUCAAGUGUCUCUGAGCUUGGCUGAUAUUUCCUGGCUCUGUUUACAUGUAUAAUAAAAUUAGCAUUUGGAAUA